AUGAAAAACAUCAGCUGGAUUAGAAAGAACUGGCUCCUCGUAGCUGGAGUGUCUUUCAUAGGCGUCCACCUUGGAACAUACUUUAUACAGAGGGCUGCAAAGCAAUCUGUAAAAUCUCAGUCUACAGGCAAACAAGAGAGUAUUAAAGAAUGAAGUAAAAAUAAAUAUUUGGAACUAAAUUACUAAUAUGUCAUUAAAUCAUUACAUGCUAAUUAGCUUCAUAAACCAGGAGCUAAUUAAUCUUACAGCCACAGUGCUGCAUAUUCAAGACUUUCAUUCCUGAAGAAUAAUUUUUUUUUCUAAGUGUCAAGACCCAUGACAAUGCAAUAAAUAGAAAAAUAUGGUUAACAAAAUAAAAACUGUCUUCACCACUUAA